AUGUUAAACUCUGUAAAACUAUGCUUGAGCUCACAAUUCAAGCAAGCAAGCGAGCAGCUGCUUGAAAAACUCAGCUUCUUCAGAAGCUGGAAGAGAAGGAAAACCAAGAAACUAGCUUCUGCUCAUGACUUAAGCUGGUUGACCUCAUCCAUGGAGGCCUUUAGCCAAUUGAAACACGUUUUCAAGCUCAUUGACACUAAUGGUGAUGGCAAGCUAUCCCCUUUAGAGCUGAAACAAGUGCUGCUGAGCAUCGGCCAUGAGAAGGCAAAUGCUCAAGAGGAAGCUGAAGGAAUAGUGAGGGAAAUGGACUUUGAUGGUGAUGGCUUUGUUGACAUGGAUGAGUUCUUGAUUGCUAUGGGAACUGAUCAGAAUCAAGAUGCAGCAAACGGGAUUUGCAGGGAGAGUGAGAUCAUGGAAGCUUUCCGGGUGUUUGAUGCUGAUAACAAUGGCUUGAUUUCUGCUAAGGAAUUGAAAAGUGUUCUUGAGAGACUUGGAUGUGGGAAGUGCAGUAUUAAAGAGUGUAGGAAGAUGAUCAGAGGGGUGGAUAGGGAUGGUGAUGGAUUUGUGAGCUUCGAGGAGUUUAAGUGUAUGAUGAAUGGUGGAUAUUGGUAG